AUGUCCUACUAUGACAUUGAUUCCAUCUUGACAGAUGCCCAGAAAAUACCCUGCACAUUUGAGCUGGAAGUCCCAGGUUUAGGGAUUCUGGAGGGUAACCCUGGCGAAGAUAUCAAAGCGGGGACCCGCAUAGACCUGCCACUAUGGCUGGGUGAAAUGCUGUCAAUCGGUGCGCGACUAGGGACAUCUCGCCUAGUCACCCUCGACAUGCCGGACGCCCUAGCUGAGCGGGUGAUGAAUGCGCUGAAGGCCGAUCCUCGGACGGUUGAUUUGCGCGCUUUGGCACCGCACUUCUACACGUUGAGCGAGCGGAUCCUUGAAAUCUUUGAGGAAGAAGAGAUGGUAGAUGUGUUGAGUGAUACCUUCAAGAAACGGGCGGCUGAAAUUUCCGACCAAGCCCAUAAUCCACGGGGGCGGUGGGCUCGGGCGUCGACUUUCUCCGUGGGCUCGAUGAGAAUGAACGGCAGUGUAAUGUUCCGUGCGGCCCACGAUCGGGCCAAGCAGAUGCGGAUCUGGGCUGGAGAAGCGAAGAGGAAAUGA